GGGCGCAGUCCCCGCAGCCAUGGACGCGCUGUCCGGCGCCGGGCCCCGCCGGGCUCGCUGCAGCCUGGGCGCGGCGUCUCCCGGAGCGCGGGCUGCGGCGGCGCCCUGGGCGCGGUUCUCGGCAUGGCUGGAGUGCGUGUGCGUGGUCACCUUCGACCUGGAGCUGGGCCAGGCGCUGGAGCUGGUGUACCCCAGUGACUUCCGGCUCACGGACAAGGAGAAAAGCAGCAUCUGCUACCUGUCCUUCCCUGACUCCCACUCAGGCUGCCUCGGAGACACUCAGUUCAGCUUCCGCAUUCGGCAGUGCAGCGGACAGAAGAGCCCGUGGCGUGCCGAGGACCGGCACUAUAACAGUGGGGCCCCCACGCCACUGCAACGGGAGCCGGCGCACUACUUUGGUUAUGUAUACUUCAGACAGGUGAAGGACAGCUCCAUGAAGAGGGGCUACUUCCAGAAGUCUCUGGUGCUGGUGUCCCGCCUGCCCUUUGUCCGGCUGUUCCAGGCGCUCCUGAGCCUGAUUGCCCCCGAGUACUUCGACAAGUCGGCCCCCUGCCUGGAAGCGGUGUGCAGUGAGAUUGACGAGUGGCCCGCCCCUGUGCCCGGGCAGACCCUGAACCUCCCCGUUAUGGGCGUCGUCCUCCAGGUUCACAUCCCGUCCAGGGUGGACAAGCCUGAGUACGGUCCUCCGAAGCCGUGUAGCCAUGAGAAUUUGCUGCCCGCCCCAGUGAUCCUCACCAGUGUUCAUGAACUGGACCUGUUCAGGUGCUUCCAGCCGGUGCUGACCCACGUGCAGACUCUGUGGGAGCUCAUGCUCCUCGGGGAGCCCCUGGUGGUCCUGGCACCCUCGCCCGCCACGUCCUCAGAGAUGGUGCUGGCCUUAAUCAGCUGCCUACAGCCCCUCAAGUUCUGUUGUGACUACCGCCCCUACUUCACCAUCCAUGACAGCGAGUUCAAGGAGUUCACCACGCGCACACAGGCCCCACCAAACGUGGUCCUGGGAGUUACAAACCCUUUCUUUAUCAAAACACUCCAGCACUGGCCCCACAUCCUCCGUGUCGGAGAGCCCAAGAUGGCAGGGGACCUUCCUAAGCAGGUCAAGCUGAAGAAGCCGUCCAGGCUGAAGACGCUUGACGCCAAGCCAGGCCUUUACACCGCGUACUCGGCCCACCUGCACCGGGACAAGGCACUGCUCAAAAGGCUGCUCAAGGGGCUGCAGAAGAAGAAGCCGUGGGACACACAGACGGCACUGCUGAGACGGCACCUCCUGGAGCUCACGCAAAGCUUUAUCAUCCCCCUGGAGCACUACAUGGCCAGCCUCAUGCCCCUGCAGAAGAACAUCACACCCUGGAAGACUCCUCCCCAGAUCCGCCCCUUCCGCCAGGAUGACUUCCUGCGCAGCCUGGAGCACGCAGGGCCCCAGCUCACCUGCAUCCUCAAGGGCGACUGGCUGGGCCUCUACAGGCGGUUUUUCAAGUCCCCCCACUUUGACGGCUGGUACCGGCAGCGGCACAAGGAGAUGGCUCAGAAGCUGGAGGCCUUGCACCUUGAGGCCAUCUGUGAGGCGCAGAACAUCGAGACUUGGAUGAAAGACAAGUCUGAGGUGGAGGUCGUGGACCUGGUCCUGAAACUUCGGGAGAAGCUGGUGCAGGCACAGGGCCACCAGCUCCCGGUGAAGGAGGCAACGCUACAGCGGGCGCAGCUGUACAUCGAGACGGUCAUUGGCUCUCUACCCAAGGACCUGCAGGCUGUCCUGUGCCCUCCCUAGGGCAGGGCCAAGGGGCGAGCUCCAGGGCCCUGGGUCCGGCCAGGCAUGAGCUCCCCAGCCCGAGUCCCCUGCUGCUGCUCUGUAGCCUUGGCCCCCCCCAUCAGCUCCACUGUUGUUUCAGCAGUAAAGGUGGCAUUUGGAACCACA